AUGCUAGUUAAAUCUCUCAUUGAGUGUGGCUUUGAUAAAGAAUCACGGGAUCUUGAUGAUAACACGCCUCUCAUUCUUGCUGCCAUGUAUAGACACCUUGAAAUUGUUAAUUUUCUUGUUUUUAUUGGAGCUAAUAUAAAUGCAAUGAAUGUAUUUCAGAGAACACCACUCAUUCAGGCAUCAAUGAGGAAUAAUUAUGAUAUUGUUGAAAAUCUUAUUUCUGUUGGAGCUGAUAAAAAUGUAGUGGAUUACAGAGGACAAACCGCAGCCAAUUUUUGCGACCGUUCUGUCAACGAAAUUCUUUCUAAUAUUGUUUGA